AUGUCUUCCAGUGCUGAAUCCAGUCGCUAUGUUCCGCCUCAUCGACGACAGCCACCAAACGGACACCAUUCAUCCCCAGCAACGAUUAGCACUCGUCACCCGCAAACGACGACGACAACACCUCAUCGCUUUCAUAACAGCUGGAGGCAGACGACGCCUCAAUCUUAUCGGACUCCUAAUAAAAGGGUCCGACCAAGGGACAACUCUUCUUCGCUGAAUACAUGGCCAUCAUCAUCAGCAUCAUUUUCAACUCCUCCUCGCAAUCAUGUUGGUGGUUUCUCAUCCUCUGGUUUGUCUGCGGCUUCGCCCGUUUGGACCCCAGCGGCAUUGAAAACCAAAAUCAUUACGGAAACGAUGCAAUCGAUGCAUCACGAUGAUCAUGAUCCUCUCCAUUCCCAAGCCAUGCAGGCUCAAUCUUUAUUUACACGAAUCGUCUGCAUCAAUUUGAUCAAACGACAAGAUCGAUGGACGACCUUUCAAAAACGAAUGCGAAAUUCUCUCAAUCAACACUGUGCCAAACAAGAUUGGGGAAAUCAUCCCUUUUUGAAAAAGGUGGAACGAUUUGCAGCCGUAGAUGGCCAAGCUAUCAUGCAUUUAUAUGACGACGACGACGACGACAAGAAUGAUGACGAACAGAAAAGUGGUAGUGAAUCAUUAGUAUUGACUUUGCCAUUAUUGGAAUGGGAUGCCACACAGAAUGCCCAAUAUGACAGGCACAUUCAACCACCCAUGACCAAGCAAAUGACACCGGGAGAAGUGGGUUGUGCUUUGUCGCACAUUCAAUUGUGGAACGAGUUGAAAGAAAUGCAAAAUAGUAGCAUGCUGAUUUUGGAGGACGAUGCCAUACUCUAUGAAGAUCAUGCUUCGAGUCGUCGUCAUGGUUCGAAAGGAAAAAUACGACAGCCGCAACCUGGAAAUCAUCAUCACCACCAUCAUCAUCAUCAUUACAAGAAUGGGCAUGGGGGACGGUAUAGCGAUUCCUUCUCUGUUCCAAAUUGGAGAAAUAGUGCGAGGUGUCUCGAUGCAUCCUUUGAAAGCGUGCCAGAAAAUGAAUCGUCGUCGUCGUCGAUGAAUGGCGGCGGUGGUUUCAUUCAAGCUCUGUUGGAUGUGGAGAAAAUUGUACCAAAGGACUGGGACAUUUUGUACUUGGGAUUGUCGGAUCGAGGAGAGCGCAAGUACAUUCCAAAUGACGAUGUUGGAGCAACAGGAAUGACCAUCCUGCCGGUGACUUUGUUUCGACCAACCUAUGGUUUUCACACCCAUGCCUACGCAUUGACCCAAAAAGCUGCUUCAGUCCUUUUAGAAAAUUUGCCAGUGCAAGGUCCUUUGGAUGUCUGGUUGGCCGAUAACAAGUGGUUUGGUCUUAAUGUGUACUGUGCAUCCAUUCAAGAUGGGACCAAUUUCUGGGGAAAGGAGGGCGCCCAACUCGUAUCGCAACAACGACACAACAAUAGGAGCGAUAUUGUUCAGUCAGGGCGAGCGUCAGUAUAA